GAGGAGGAGGGAGAGGGGAACAACCUACCAUCUUAACACACUAAUAUCUAAAAAGUGCGAGAGGCCCAGAGCAGCAGAGAAGCAGCAGCAGCCGCUCCAGCGCCUUCCCUCCCUCCCCAUGAAGAAGAGUUCCCUCCUCCUCCUCCUCCUUGCUUCUCCUGCUCAGAGUUCCUGCCUCCAGCUGCCAGGGGGGACAGCCAGCCAGCAGCAGGAGGGGAACAAGAGAACUGAAGGAGAGCCAGUUUCCCCAAAAUUGCUGCAGUGAGAAGAGGAGUUUGUUAUUUUAAACAAAGGCUGAAGAAACUGUAGAAUUAGCAGACAUAGAAAAAGUGGAGAAGGUAGAGGAUGGAGUUGCAGACUCUACAGGAGGCUCUUAAAGUGGAAAUUCAGGUUCACCAGAAACUGGUUGCUCAAAUGAAGCAGGAUCCGCAGAAUGCUGAUUUAAAGAAACAGCUUCAUGAACUCCAAGCCAAAAUCACAGCUUUGAGUGAGAAACAGAAAAGAGUAGUUGAACAGCUACGGAAGAACCUGAUAGUAAAGCAAGAACAACCAGACAAGUUCCAAAUACAGCCAUUGCCACAAUCUGAAAACAAACUACAAACAGCACAGCAGCAACCACUACAGCAGCUACAGCAGCAGCAGCACCACCACCACCACCACGCGCAGUCGGCCGCAUCCUCCCCCAGCCUGACUGCGUCACAGAAGACUGUAACUACAGCUUCUAUGAUUACCACAAAGACACUACCUCUCGUCUUGAAAGCAGCAACUGCGACCAUGCCUGCCUCUGUUGUGGGCCAGAGACCUACCAUUGCUAUGGUGACCGCCAUCAACAGUCAGAAGGCUGUGCUCAGCACUGAUGUGCAGAACACACCGGUCAACCUCCAGACGUCUAGUAAGGUCACUGGGCCUGGGGCAGAGGCUGUCCAAAUUGUGGCAAAAAACACAGUCACUCUGCAGGUUCAGGCAACACCUCCUCAGCCCAUCAAAGUACCACAGUUUAUCCCCCCUCCUAGACUCACUCCACGUCCAAACUUUCUUCCGCAGGUUCGACCCAAGCCUGUGGCCCAGAAUAACAUUCCUAUUGCCCCAGCACCUCCUCCCAUGCUUGCAGCUCCUCAGCUUAUCCAGAGGCCCGUCAUGUUGACCAAGUUCACCCCCACGACCCUCCCUACCUCCCAGAAUUCUAUCCACCCCGUCCGUGUCGUCAAUGGGCAGACUGCAACCAUAGCCAAAACGUUCCCCAUGGCCCAGCUCACCAGCAUUGUGAUAGCUACUCCAGGGACCAGACUCGCUGGACCUCAGACUGUACAGCUUAGCAAGCCAAGCCUUGAAAAACAGACGGUUAAAUCCCACACAGAAACAGAUGAAAAACAAACGGAGAGCCGCACCGUCACUCCGCCUGCUGCACCCAAACCAAAACGGGAGGAGAACCCUCAGAAACUUGCCUUCAUGGUGUCUCUAGGGUUGGUAACACAUGACCAUCUAGAAGAAAUCCAAAGCAAGAGGCAAGAACGGAAAAGAAGAACAACAGCGAAUCCGGUGUACAGUGGUGCGGUCUUUGAGCCGGAGGUACUCUUGUCAACACUCGGCCCUUCCUUCACACGUUCAGUUUUAUUCACAACUCGUUCGCGCAAGAAGAGUGCAGUCACGUACCUGAACAGUACAAUGCAUCCCGGGACCCGGAAGAGAGGUCGUCCUCCAAAAUACAAUGCAGUGCUGGGGUUUGGAGCCCUUACCCCAACAUCCCCCCCAUCCAGUCAUCCUGACUCCCCUGAAAAUGAAAAGACAGAGACCACAUUCACUUUCCCUGCAUCUGUUCAGCCUGUGUCCCUGCCCAGCCCCACCUCCACAGACGGUGAUAUCCAUGAAGAUUUUUGCAGUGUUUGCAGAAAAAGUGGCCAGUUGCUGAUGUGCGACACGUGUUCCCGUGUAUAUCAUCUGGACUGCUUAGACCCUCCUCUGAAAACGAUUCCCAAGGGCAUGUGGAUCUGUCCCAGAUGUCAGGACCAGAUGCUGAAGAAGGAAGAAGCAAUUCCAUGGCCUGGAACUUUAGCAAUUGUUCAUUCCUAUAUCGCCUAUAAAGCAGCAAAAGAAGAAGAGAAACAGAAAUUACUUAAAUGGAGUUCAGAUUUAAAACAAGAACGAGAACAAUUAGAGCAGAAGGUGAAACAGCUCAGCAGUUCUAUAAGUAAAUGCAUGGAAAUGAAGAACACCAUCCUGGCCCGGCAGAAGGAGAUGCACAGCUCCCUGGAGAAGGUGAAACAGCUGAUCCGCCUCAUCCAUGGCAUCGACCUCUCCAAACCUGUAGACUCUGAGGCCACUGUGGGGGCCCUCUCCAACGGCCCGGACUGCACGCCCCCUGCCAACGCCAGCACCUCCACGCCGGCCCCCUCCCCGCCCUCCUCCUCCUCCCAGAGCUGCACAGCGAACUGUAACCCGGGGGAAGAGACUAAAUAACAGAGCCCCGCUAGGAUAAGCCACGAGAUCCCGGCGGCAAGGAGAGCAAAACACUGAAGACUCUAGCAGAGCCGAGCCGGAGUUCUUCUGGAAAGUACAGAAUUCUUUUGGUUCUUUGGUUCCAGAGAGAGAGAAGAUGCUUGUGCCAGGUGGCACCAGAGUUUGCCAAUUGAUCCUUCUUAUUCUGUGUGUACAUGCAAAGAUUGGACCAUGUUACAUGAAAUAGUGCCAGCUGGAGGUUCUUUGCCAGCACCAUGCCAAGUGAAAUAAUAUAUUUACUCUCUCUAUUAUACACCAGUGUGUGCCUGCAGCAGCCUCC